ACAGCGGCAGCAGAAGGGCCACUCAUCUAUGUGGAGGACGAUAGCCGGUCCAGGUGGAUUCUCACUGCCAUUCUCUGCAGAACCUGUCCCUCGAUAGAAGUUCACCACAUAGUUUUAAAUGUGAAAAAAAAAUGUAAACGGCACUCUCCUUCCCCCGAAACUGUCAUUCCCGUUUCACGGAGAGUGCUGACAUUUGUAGGGUUUUCAAGUUGAAUUUCCAACAUGGUAGGAGAGGUUGUUGUUGUCGAGCGGAUUGUUGUCAUGUCCUCGCAGUGCCUGUAGUGGUGCUGUGAGGAGUGUGCUGUAGAUCUAACAAAAAUCCUCAGCAGCCUGCCUACUGCUUGUAAUUUGCUCUGGAUAGCCUGUAUUUAAAAUGCAUCCGUAGUUCAAGAUCUACAAAGCUCGAUGAAGAUCACUGGUAUUAUCCCAUCUCGAAUAUCGAUGCAGAAAAAGCCCAGCUGAAUCUAUUAGACAUUUCGGCCGUCUAUCUGGAGCGAAUACCUUACACAGCCCAUACCAAUUCAAGCUGAUGUUGUCAAGAACAAGAGUCACGUGAUGUAUGAAGGCAAACACAUACACUUCUCAGAGGUGGACAAUAAGCCGUUGUGCUCGUACAGCCCAAAGCUCUGCAAGCAACGCAGACUAAACGGCUAUGCUUUCUGUAUCCGGCACGUUCUGGAGGAUAAGACGGCGCCCUUCAAGCAAUGUGAAUAUGUGGCGAAGUACAACAGCCAGCGAUGUACAAACCCAAUCCCCAAGUCAGAGGACCGCAGAUACUGUAACAGCCACCUGCAGGUUCUGGGCUUCAUCCCCAAGAAGGAAAGGAAGAAGAAGCAUGACGCUUUGGAGGAAAUGCGCUCCCGGGCCCACCUGGAGUCAGUGGCUCUCAACAUAACUGUGCCCUCUUUGGCACUUAAAGCUCCCAACGGCCUAGAUGAACUUCCGCCAUCUCCUCCCUGUUCACGCCUGUUGCCCCUCCCUGAUGAGGAACUCCUGGACCCUUUUGCCUUUUAUGAGGAUGACACAGACGGGGAGGAGGUGGGGACUCCUCGGAAGGGCCGAGCCAUCAAGAAGAAACUACAUAGUCGGCUGGUGCUCAACCAGAAACUCUGCCAUGACACGGACCUCUUCCAGCCCCCCCCCGAGCACUUUAGCCCCUCGCCUGCCCCCCGUGUCCACCCUUCCUUGCCUCUCAACACUCAUCUCCCACGGCAGCAGUCAGGUCUUCUCCAGCCGCCCCAGCACUCCAGCGUGGCUUCCUUCAUCUUCCCAGGACAGCCGCAGGGCUUAUUAUGCAAUCCACCACCACCUCAGACGGUCAACUUUCUGCCUCCAGGGAUGCCCGCUAAUGCAGCACCCAGUCCAGCGCAACCUUCUGGGCCAUCACUCAGCAGGAAAAUGCCUUUCACCGCUACUCGCUUGCCCGUCAGUUGCAAGGACAUGGGCAUAAACAAUACGCGGCACAUGGUUGUCAUGCGUCCCGCUGCCUUCUCACCUUCUGCCAGCUGCCUGGCCCGGUUGCAACAUCUGGUGCAGCUUUGUGCCAAGACGCACCAGGAGCACGGAGACCUCUUUCCUCAUCUAGGACUGGACUGGUCAGAAGACAGUGCGGAUGAUGAUGACGAAGAAGAGGAGGCGGAGACUUUUGUUCCUUUCCAGAGCUCUUGGAGACCACCGAAUGAGUUGGAGGAUGACGGAGGUUCCUCGCGGAGGAGGCGGCUACUGAGGCUAUGUUCGUACCUCCGGGAGAAAUACAAGCGCAUGUGCAGGCAGGAGCGGGCGAGCAUCCGCCAAAAGAGAUACCGGUAUGCCUUCCGCAAAGCCUUGCUGCACGCUGCCAGUAAUAACCCAGACUGUGCUGGCCAGCUGAUCCAGGAGUUGCGGGGCGCCUCUCAAAGCUCCUCAAGUGUGGCUCCGGCAAGGCAGCAGACCCCUGAUGCGGGGACCUGCACUGGCAGCACAAAGGGCCAGGCCUGCAACAAUAGAGCUCUGCCCUUCACUCGACACUGCUUUCAGCACAUUCUAUUGAAUCGUUCCCAGCAGCUCUUUGCUAGUUGCACAGCCAAAUUUGCAGAUGGUCAGCAGUGCUCCAUCCCGGUGUUUGAUAUCACGCACCAGACGCCCCUCUGCGAAGAGCAUGCCAAAAAAAUGGAUAACUUCCUGCGAGGGGAUGGCAACAGACGAGUGCAGCACCACCAGCAGCAGCGAAAGCCACGUAAAAAGACCAAACCACCGGCACUCACCAAAAAACACAAGAAGAAGAGGAGGAGAGUGCCGCGGAGGCCUCAGAAACCCAUCCCUCCGGCGUUGCCACAGGGGAACCUGGGAAUGCCGUCCAUAAGCCUAGCGAUGCCCUCACAGGCCAGCAUCAGGAGCCCGUCGACGCCAGACCUGAGUGGGGAGGAGCUUCCCGACGACAUCACCAAUGAAAUGGCAGACAUUCCAAACGACCUCGAGCUGAACCAGGAGGAUUUCUCCGACGUGUUACCCAGGCUACCUGAUGACCUUCAGGUCUUCGACUUGUUUGAAGGUAAGAAUGGCGAUUUGCUGCCGACCACGGAGGAAGCCGAGGAGCUGGUGCGUGCACUGCAGGCUAUGGGGUCCUACCCGGACUCCUUGGUUUGCCUGACCUCCAUGGGAGACCUGGCCCCCUCCGAAGGAGUGGACCACCGAGCCAUGGCCGUGUUCGCCAGUCCGGUCCAGCCGGGUAGCAUCGGCGACCUGCUGAGCAGCCGCAUCCCCACCGGGAGCUUCACCAGCCUCGAGCUGGAGGACAACCUGCUGCAGUCCACCGGGGGUCACUUCCCCCCCUCGCCGCCAUCUCAGCCCGCCAGCCGGCCCCAGACGUCGUGCUCCAGCCUGACUUCGUCUUCUCCUUCGGUAGCCCCCGCCAACCCCUCCCUGCUCCCCCCGACCCCCAUCGCAGAGCGAACCUUUCCCCGGACGCACUCGUCCCACGUUCUGACCAAGUCGGACGCGCCCACGCCGUCUCCCCAAGGCCGCCACUACGGCAGCGAGCACGUGGCGUCCCCGUACAGUGACCACAUAUCUUCCCCCCAUGCCAGCUCGUUCCAGACGGACGCCCCUCUGCUGCUGGAGGUCCCCCUCGGCGGGCUACCAGGACCCCCGCGCUCAUCGUGGAGCAACCUCACCCUCCCCGACCCCGCGCAGUUUGGCAAUCUCAUCGGAUCAGAGAGUCACCUCAUAUCCACCUCCCUGUCCACGCCCCCGGCCACCACGCACUCUGUGACGCUGCAGCCCGUGGCCGCGCUCUCGGCAAUGCCCCAGUGCGGCUCGACGGGUUUAACCACCUCGCCCGCCCCCUCGUCCUCGCUGCCAUCCUCUGCGCACGACCUUCUGACCUCCACGCAGCCCAAGCAACAGCUCCCGCAGUUCAGCGCCGCCUUCGGCCACCAGUUGGCCUCCCACAGCGGCAUCCCGAAGGACGUUCAGCCGAGCCACAGCUCCACGGCGCCGCCCGCCGGCUUUUCCACAGUCAGUGCCACCGCUGCCGGUGCCAACAGCGCCGCGCCGCCCUUCGCGCAGAGCAAAUGAGCUUGGCGCCGCUUACGACCCCGGGUUGACCACCCCUCCUCAUCUGCUACGUGUUUGCAAUGUGGUAAUGGUGCACCAUUUGAUUACAAAAUUUGCACAACCCGAAGAGUUUCCUCAAUAUUUUCUAUUGUCAUCGUUUUAACCGAGAAGCCAGGCGGCGCGUGGCAUUUUAAGUCUGUGUGGUUUGGUCAGCAGGGAAGGAAGGGAGGAGGAGGAAACGGCCCAAUUUUUGAGGAAAUGAACGGGUGAAAAUUGGCAGAAGGACCUUAGCAGAGAUUAUCAGUCCCGGCGCUCGGAGCUUGUCGACGUAGAAGCCUCAACCAGUGGUCGCUUUGUUCGUUUUUGACAGUUGGAGUGCCGUCUUUAAAUUGCCUCGCGCGGUCGGCCGUUGCAUUUCCACCUGUUCGUACACUGCUUCUGUCACCCUCUGAAAAACAGAGUUCAGGUCGUGUUAUUUGUGACCCAUUAUGUUUCAAGCUAUUUAACCGUUAUCAUGAUAUAGAAUCGUACCGAGUCGGAUUCCACAGUAUGAAUUUACCAAAAUGCUUUUAAACGUUGUUUUUAUAUUGUCUAUACUGUUCGUGCUCAUUUAUUGGUUUGCUCAGAUGUCAAAAAUUUCCGACCUCAACAUUGGGUGUGGGACUCUGAGUGGCCUAGUAGACACUUGAAGGUAACUAGUUUCUUAAAGCAAUAAAACCCAUUAACAUAACUAGCAUUGUACGGUAUCUUAUUGGUCUGUAGCUUCACUUGUGAAUCCAGCCUGGAUCAGGAAUCCAUUUAGGCCUCUAUAACUGUUGUGAACGUUACCUUAACAGCAGAUUUAUUUCACUCAGAACCAGUGACCAGGUCCGCCUUCUACUCUCGGGUUCAUGCCGAGUGGAUUUAGUCUUUUGUAAGGCAAAUAAACAAGUUUCAGUGUUAAUGGUGGAGGCGAGGAUGUGUUAUCCAGGGACUUUUAAGUGUCUACUCUCACAGGUGCUCUCUGGUCCACACACACAAUGGUGAUUACUGACAACGGAAACUCGCUCUGACGUCCAGGCCAGUGACCCUGAACUUGAAAUGGUGUAAAGUGGUGUGUUGACCAGUGUCUGUUCAACCCUAAAACCCACUUUAUGGUGAUUUUAAGCUAAAUUAUGCAAACGUGGAGUCUUAUUUUAACCCUGGAAAUUGAGACCCCCCCCCCCCACCCCCCCGAGAGAGUGUCACCGGUGUUACCAACUGCAGUACAGACAUGGGUCCUGAUAGAUGUAUUCUACGUUGGGCAGGUCGUCGGACGUUGUUGAGUGUUCGGUUUGUAGUAGCGAGUCUCUAUCUUGGGGUUUGUUGGUGAAUUGUCGAGUAGGCGAUGGAUUACAAUUGUCUUCAGUGGAAACUGUCUUGUAGAAUGUCUUGUUUUUAAUGGCUAUCAAAAUGGUCGUGCGUUGGAGGGAUCAAUGUUUGAAUGCUGUCUUUGUUUUUAAAUAUUAUUCGGACGGAGUACUAUUUGUGAUAGCUAUUAAACUCCAGGAGGAAGGCUUGAGAUUUGCGCGGGAGGCGGCAGCGUCAUCAUAACUGGCUUGAUUCUCGGUGAUAUGAAACAUAGGAAUAUAGGCGUCACCAUUUAAUUUGUGGCGAAAAACAGUUCAUUACACCAUGUUUUUCAACACAGCUUUGCACAGGAGUGGAUGAGGCUGCUGGUUGUCCAGCGUCCGUCUCCUUUUUUGUUUUUUUUCUCGUCUUAGUUUUUCGCUUUUGACGCUCAUUAAAUGAACAGCUGCCAUCAUUACCAGCUCUGAGCCUGCAUCAGACAGCCCCCCCCCUUCAUUUCCAGCUGUGAGAAGGCCCAGUUCUGUCUCUCCCUUCCAAAGAGAAAACACACAGCGAAGUGUAAACACGUAGCUCCACCAGAGGCGACUGGGCUCUGUGACUGCUGUGUUGUUACUAAAUGGUCAGAAACAGUGCGGCGAAAAAAAUCAGAUGUUUUUAAGGCAUUACGGCUGCAUCUGCAUAGCAUGAGAUUAAUCACCAGUUUACCCCCCAAACCACGUAGAACAAAACAAACAGGGCUCGUACUGUUGGCACAUUUAACGGCUUGAAUUCAGAGAUGGCUGAAAAAUUCCUAUACUCAUUGAAUGUACUGUAUUACUGUUUUUAAAAAUAGGAUGCGCUAAUCUAGUCACCUUUUGUUAUUGGUCCUUGUUUAAUUUGUCUAAGGUAUUUUUUGUACACAAAGGUUUACAUUUUUAUGUAUAUUUUUCUUGUGUACAAAUGAUGUAAUAUGUGUAAAAACACUGUAUGUAAUAUCUGUAUAUAGUGUGAGAUAUGAUCUUUGUUUUUGGAUGUAUAAAUAAAACUUGCUGUGAGGUA